AUGGCGGCCUCUAGCGAGUUCGCGUCUGCCAUGACCACCCGGUCGCUCCGCAUGGUCCGGACAGAACUGGAAUUCCUUGCCGAUGCCUCUGUGAUCACUCCCCAACAGCUCUCCUCCAUUCUUUCACAACUUCCCGCCGAUUCGGAGACACAUGCUCCCAACCGGGCAGUGCAGGCAUCACCAUCGCCUCCCCGGCAGCUGGCGCAGCCAGUUCCCAUCCAGCCAGUUCAGGCACAGCCUCCUCCAGCCCCAUACACACCAUCCUACUCGCCCCCUACCCAACAAAUGGCAAAUGCGUCCGUCCACGAAAAAGCCGCAAUGCACAACCAAUACGCCAGCCCGCCGCCUCAGAACCAAUAUGCAAGCCCACCUCCUCAAGCCCCGCCAGCCUAUCCCCAAGUCCCGCCGAUCCUCGGGCUCGCAUCGGCCAUGUACGCAUACACACCUACCGAUCCCGGUGACCUGGCCCUGCAGCCGCAAGACCGUAUCCAGAUUAUUGAGCACAUGAACGACGACUGGUGGCGUGGUCGCAAUGAGCGUACUGGCCAGGAGGGUAUCUUCCCCCGAAGCUAUGUGAACAUAGUCAACGAGAAGGGUAACCUCUCUUCGCCCCCUCCUCCGACCAACUAUGGAAACAUGCCCCUUGAGGUUAGCCAGAGUGGUCAGCCAGCGAACCCUGAGGAUCCCAAACAGAACAAGUUUGAGCAAGGCGGCAAGAAAUUCGGAAAGAAACUUGGCAAUGCCGCCAUCUUCGGUGCUGGUGCUACUGUCGGUUCCAACAUCGUGAACAGCAUUUUCUAA